AUGCUCUACGAAGCGGUAACCUCCUUCGCAACAUGGGAAAAGUUGGACACGUCAAAUGCGGGUAGCUCCGGCUUGGUCCUCGAUGCGAACGCCUUGGAGCAGUUGGAAGUGCUCCGAAAUACGGAUGGCAAACUAGAAGGCUCUUUACUCAACCAACUAGAUCAUACGGUGACUCCAUUCGGCAAGCGCCUGUUGCGGCAGUGGGUGUGUUGCCCGUUGAGAGCAAAGACUGAUAUCGACAGAAGACUUGAUGUGGUGGAUUGGCUCCUAGAAAAGACUGAACUAGUCGCGGACCUUCGUUCGAGGAUGAGAAAGUUACCGGACAUUGAAAGGAGGCAAAACAGAGUAUUUGCUCUAGGCCUGCAGCUCGAGAGGAAAGCUGUUCUCUAUGGCGAAGUGGAGUCCUCACGUAUUGCCCAGUUCAUGGAACUGUUGGCAGCUCUGAAGGAGGCGGAUAGAUGCCUCGCUAUGGUCCGCGAAGGUGAUGGAGCGCUGCCAGCACUGUUAGAUGAGCUGAUACCGAUGGAGGAGCUCGGCUAUGUGGAUGGCAUCUUGGAAGAACUGGGCAGCAGAGUGCAGGGAAGUGAAUCAGACGGAUACUCUGCAGCACCAGGAUGCUGCCCAGCCUACGACGAGGCCCGGUCUAAGAUAGCCAGCAUUAAGUCAGACCUCCAAGAGGAACUGAAGAUCGUCUGCCAUGAGCAUCUAAAAGGAUGCAAACUGCAAGAGGCGAAAUUCGUCAGCGUGAAAUACAGGUAUGAAAUUGAAGUCCCUGAGCGGUGUGCCCCUCGAGAUCUAGAAGCGCAUGGACUGGAAGUGUCCAGCACGAGAAAGGGCUUCGUCAGGCUCUUGACGCAGGAGAUACGUAACAUGACGGAGGAGUUGGAUGCGACAGAGGAGCGGAUGAAGGACUGCCUCUACCCCUUCAUGGCACAACUCUUUAAGGACUUCCACAAGCAUACCAUUCGACUACAGGAUAUGGUUCAAAGGCUGGCUACUCUCGAUUGUCUUCUUUCCUUAUCUGAGGCGUCCCGGCCCGGCGCUGGGUCGAUGUGCCGGCCGCAGAUCCUGGAUCCGACAGAGUUCACUGCUCCAGUCUUUGAUUUGGUCGAGGGACGGCAUCCGGUGAUUAUAGUGACGAUAAUGGAAUUUGUACCCAACUCUGUGGAGAUGGGUAUCAAUGGCAGUCCGACGACGCUGCUGGUCACAGGCCCCAACAUGGGCGGCAAAAGUACGGUACUCCGUCUAGGUGCUACUGCUGUUAUUAUAGCCCAGCUUGGGUGCAGAGUACCAGCAUCAUCGUUUAAAUUAACACCAGUGGAUCGAAUUUUCACCAGAAUUGGCGCCAGAGACUCCAUCCUAGAGAACAAGAGUACUUUCCUCAUCGAACUCGAAGAGACCGGAGCCGUGUUGCAGCAUGCCACCAAGCAUUCCUUAGCAGUCAUUGAUGAGCUCGGCCGCGGGACUUCAACCUUCGACGGUGCUGCUAUCGCUCACGCUGUGCUCGAGAGGAUAUCGGAGAGUAUCGGCUGCCGUACUCUUUUCGCCACUCACUAUCAUCAAUUAGCCGAGGAUGAAAGUCUACAUAACACGGCACUGUACCAUCAAGCAUGUCUCGUUAACCCAGCUACUCGCGAGGUGACCUUCCUCUACAAAUUCACUAAGGGACGAUGCCCUCAGAGCCACGCUAUGCAUGUUGCUAAGAUUGCUGGCCUACCGGAGGUAAUCGUGGAGGCAGCGAGGGAGAUGUCGACAGUUUUCCACUCUGCUGUGGAGUACCCGGAUGUCCCAUAUGAUGACGAAGCUUUGGGAGAAUUCUACGACUCUGUUAAGCACGUUGCAGCUCAUUGA